AUGCUUCCAUUAACUGCUGCGUGUGGACAGUUGGAUCUUCAGAAUCAUGGCAACAAUCUGGCAAGCUCUUUGCUGAAUUUAGCCGGUGCUGUUCUUUCCCCUUUGAAUAACAAACCUGACAUUCUUUCGCCAUUGUUUAAUCUAACAAUGCUAGAACGCUUGGAUCUGAGCUACAACGCCUUCAGUGGUGUUGGUAUUCCUCAGCAACUUGUUACCCUGAAAUAUUUGCGCUAUUUGAGCUUGUCAAAUGUUGGAUUUGUGGGAAAGAUACCCAGGGAAUUGGGCAACAUGUCCACUUUGCGCUACUUGGAUCUUUCCACCGAUCACUACUUUUCAUCUUCCUCCCUUACAAUUGAGGACAUGCAGAUGCGGAUAGGGAACCUGAGGGAUUUAGAGGGGCUGCUGCUGGACGGGGUGAAUAUGACGCAAGUGGCAAGCGAUGAAUGGGGCAAAGCUGUCUCCACCAUGCACAGUCUUAGGCGUCUUCAAAUGUUCUACUGUAACCUAUGUGGGACAAUUCCUCCUUCCCUUGCAAAUCUUACCAGUCUAACCCACCUCCAACUUGGUGGCAAUUCCUUCUUCUUGUCCAUACCUACUGGCUUACACAACCUUUCCAACCUGGUUUCUCUCAAGCUUAGUACAUGUGAGCUCAAUGGUUCCAUCCCUUCUGAUCUGUUGAGCCUUCCAAACCUGCAAGAAGUUGACUUGUCUGCCAAUCUGGACUUGGGAGGGGAGCUUUCAAGCAUUCUGCCGCGACACUCUGCGAAGCUUAACAGCCUUGUUCUUAAAGCAACAAGUGUAGAAGGAGCUAUUCCAGAUUCAAUUGCCAACAUCUCUUCGUUAAUUCUCUUGGAUCUCUCAGACUGCUUUAUCCAAGGUAUGCUUCCUCCCACCAUUGCAAAUCAUACAGGACUUGAAAUGUUGGAUAUCUCAAGCAACUUUUUAAAAGGACAUAUACCAGCGUUUGGUGUUAAGCUACCUACAGGAACAUCAUUUCCUUUGGCUUAUUUCGAUCUGUCAUACAACCAGUUGAUGGGCCACAUUCCCUCCAUGUUGUUCGGUGCAUUUGGGAGCCUCCGCCAUGUUGACUUGAGAAAGAACCGAUUGACCGGUGACAUUCCAUCCCCUUCCCGAAAUCUUACUUCCCUCACAUGGCUUGAUCUGGGUCACAAUGAAUUGAAAGGCACAAUUCAAUUCUUGGUGAAUAUAAAGUCCCAGCUUGUUCUGCUUGAUCUGAGUAAUAACCUCUUGAUUGGCAAAAUCCCGGCUUCCAUAGGUCAGCUCAUUUCCCUCAGUACGCUUGAUCUAAGCAAUAACAUGUUAACAGAUGCCACACCUCAAAACAUGUCAAAUCUAUCUCAACUGAAGGUUCUUUCUUUAUCCUCCAGUUUGUUAAGUGGGAACCUUUCAGAGUCCUACCUUCAUAACCUCUCCAGACUGGUACAUCUCGACAUUUCGAACAAUAUGUUGAGUGUGAAAGUCAGUCCGAAUUGGAUUCCCCAGAAUUCGUUUUCAACAUUAAAAUUAGGAUCAUGCAACAUGGAGGGUGAGUUGCCGGCCUUCUUAAUAACUCAAACUGACAUUUUCAAUCUGGAUUUGUCUGCAAAUAGAUUAUGGGGCAAUAUUCCUGCGUGGAUAUGGGAUUCUCUUGCUCUUGUACAGCUCAACCUGUCUUUUAAUAACUUUUCAGGCGCUUUACCUCCUGAGCUAAUGGGAUCGGAAGCAUUGAAGCUUCUGGACUUGCAUCACAAUAAUUUACAAGGUCCGCUUCCUCUUCCUUCUCCUUCAGUGGUUAUGCUGGACCUGUCAGAAAAUCAAUUUUGUGGAUCCAUUCCAGCCGAAAUUGGGGAGUCUUAUCUUUGGUAUCUAUUGCUCUCGCACAAUAAUUUUAGCGGUAGCAUUCCAUCAAGAGUCUGUGGGGUACAGCCGUGGAGUAUGCAGAUUCUGGAUUUUUCAUUUAACAGUCUUACAGGUAAGAUUCCUGCAGCUAUUGCAAACUGCAGUUUUCUUGAGGUAUUGAAUUUGGAGAACAAUUGUUUAGAAGGUGAGUUGCCAGCGGAGUUGGGGAACAUGACUUCGCUUCAAACUCUGAAAAUCGGGGGAAAUCAUCUAAAUGGAACUUUGCCAACACUUGCAAAUUGUAAGCAAUUGCAGGUAUUGGAUGUGGGGGAUAACAGUCUGACAGGGAACAUUUCUGCGAAUUGGAUUCUAGAGCUUCCUAAUCUUAAGAUUUUGAUCUUAAGAUCAAACAGAUUUGAAGGAACUGUACCUCCUGGUUUAAGCGAAAUACCGUCUCUGCAAAUAUUAGACCUUUCAAUGAACAGUUUUUCAGGAGUAAUUCCGGACAGUAUUUCAGAGAUGAAGGGCAUGGGAAACGACUAUGAGAACACAGUAAUCUUUGAGUUUGGAAGCGUGACAGGUUCAACAUAUGUAGAAAAAAUAGUCAUCAGAAACAAAGGAAAGAAUAUGGAAUACGUGAGAAUUUUGAGAUUGGUAAAAUGUCUUGAUCUAUCAAACAAUAGAAUAUCUGGUCAUAUUCCUCAAGGCAUGGGAUCUCUAACUGGUUUGAUCAUUCUUAAUAUAUCAAUGAACCAUAUUAGUGGUGCUAUACCAGAGUCCUUGGGAAACAUGGCACGGCUAGAGUCCCUUGACCUCUCGCAAAAUCAACUGUCUGGAGUUAUUCCUGUUGAGUUGCAACGUCUCACAUUCCUAAGUUACUUAAAUCUGUCAUACAAUAACCUCACAGGAAAGAUACCACAAGGGGGUCAGUUCUUAACAUUUGAUGCCUCAUCCUUCUCAAAUAAUUCAGGUGUACUCGGUCUCCAACUGAAUGACUCUUGUUAUAAACUUGAGCUCAAUAAGUCCUGUCUAACUAGUCCCACUACAACGCAGGAUGUUGAUAAGAUUGAUGAAGAGGAGGAUAUGUGGUGGGGCGUGGCAGUGGGACUCAGCUUUGCAUUUGGUUUUAUUCUUGUUAUUGCAGUGUUGUGUCUUACCACAACAUUGAGCAGAAACUGCAUACAUCUGAUGGACCGCGUCAUCGCUUAUCUCUUUGACAGAUUUAGAAACUAA